UUCUUCUCCCAGAAUCAUCAAUUUGGCAGCCAACUUUGUAUUAAGUGAGAAGUGAUCAUUAGCCAGCUUCGGUUGAUCGUUUAUAUUUCUUGUGGUUUAGUUUCUGUUUGAUCUGAAAAUGGCGGAGGAGCAUGCCAACAAGGUGGCCGGGUCCGAUGAGCAAGGAGCAGUGGAGAGCAAGGACCGAGGGAUGUUUGAUUUCCUGGGGAAGAAAAAGGAGAAGGCUGAGCCUCAACAUGAAGCGGUGGCCACUGAGUUCGACAAAGUCAAGAUAGAAGAGACAAAGGCAGAGAAGGAACACAAGGAAGGUGAGAAGAAGCCCAGUCUCCUCGAGAAGCUUCACCGAUCGGAUAACAGCUCCAGCUCUUCCAGUGACGAGGAAGAAGGUGAAGGCGGGGAGAAGAAGAAGAAGAAGGAGAAGAAAGGAUUGACGGAGAAGAUCAAAGAGAAGAUCGGUGGAGAAAAGAAAGAAGGUGACACCGCCGUCCCGGUGGAGAAGUGCGAUUCGGAAACGACGGAGAAGGGUGUCAUGGAAAAGAUCAAAGAGAAAAUCCCCAUGCAACACAAGAAAGAUGAAGAGGUUAAAGCGCCGCCCCUAGCUGCUACUGUAUCAGCUGAGAAAGUUACGGUGGUGCACCAUGAAGAAGAGUUGCAGGAGAAGAAGGGAUUUUUGGAGAAAAUCAAGGAGAAGAUUCCUGGUUACCACACCAAAACUGAGGACGAUAAAGUCAAGGAGAAAGAGACCACUGCUUCCCAUUAAACACUCGAUACUCUAUAUUUCAAUUAAAAAAAUGUCUAUGGGAUUGCUUCUUUUUUGUUUUGCUUACAUAUUUCAUGUUUGUGUUUUGUGUUCUGUUGCAAGUAAAAAAAGUGUGUUACUUUAAA